AUGAAGAGCUACAUUGUAAGUGCAGCGCUGUUGGCGACGGCGGCAUAUGCUUCGCCAGUCGAGAGACAAGCAUCUAAAUUCACGUACUACAACCUGACAACGCCACUCGCAUCGCCUUGCGAUUUAACGACCGGUCAAGAUGGCAAGAUCUAUGCGGAUACCUUCACCGCGAACAAGAUCGUGCAGAUCGACCGCUCAACCGGACAACUAAAGGAGUACGACAUCCCAUACACGCUGCCCGUUCUCGGAUACUCCGUCCUCCCCAGCGACGCCCAAGGCCGCGUCGCGGGGGCCUGUGUUGUCCAGCCAGGAAAGAACGGAAAGAUCUAUGCCGCAACAGGAGUUCGGAAUGAGUUCGCCAUCUUCGACCCGAAAGACAACAGCGUGACUGUGCUCGAGACUGGAAACCCUCUAGGUAACCUUCAGCCCUUCAACGAUGCCUGGCCCGGCGAAACUGGAAUGUUCUUCUCCCAGACCACCGGGAAUGUCAUCAACCUCAUCGACUACCAAACCAACGCGAUCAAGACAUUCGAUGUCCCAACUCCCCUCGCCGGACCCCUUGGCAUGAUCGUAGCCUCAGACGGCAACCUAUGGUUCGUAGAAAUGCUCGCCAACAAAAUCGCCCGUCUCAAUCCCACUACCGGCAAAAUCGACGAAUGGCAACUCCCUCUCACCCUCGCUACACCAACCGUCAUGCGCGCCGAGACCGAAGGCCGCUACCUGUGGUUCACAUGCCUCGCAACCAACUCCCUCGGACGCUUCGACAUUAACACCUUCACCUCCAAAGCUUUCCCCCUUCCCCAACUCCUCGCUACCCCGAUCGAGGACACCGUCGACAGCAACGGCAAUAUCUGGUUCUCCACCCUCCUCCGCAACUCCCUCAACUACCUCACCCCCUCUACCGGAAAAUUCACAAGCAUUAAGCAACCUGAUGCUGAUGUUAGUUUGGCUCCUUCUCUCCUUCCGGAUUUGCCUCCUGCUGCGGAUAUCGCUAUGCAUUACGAACGCAGCGAUGAUAGUAUGUGGUUUACGGAAUUUGCGAAUAAUAGGAUUGGGAGGUAUCAGAUUUAG